CAGCGUUUUCCAGUUUCCUCCCAGAUCAGUUUCACCGUGGCGCGUCGCGCAGAGUGCGUGGACUUUCCAGUUAAAAAAAAAGCAAACCCAACUAAACAAAAACACGAUGUGUAUCCUCGUGUUUUCUGUAGAGUAGCUGUCUGUGGAGACGGUGCGCUCAGGAGGGGAGCAGAUGCGCCUCUUGCCAUGACUGCUGCCAGGAAGCAGAGCUUUCAGGUGGCGGUGAUCUUGUUGUGCGUCGCCCAGCUGACAGCAGGACUCAAGUGUGUGUGCCUGCUGUGUGCCAACCGCACCUGUGAGACGGCUACAGAAGGAGCCUGCUGGAACUCGGUGAUGCUGAUUGACGGGAAGGAGGAGACGGUCAAGUCCUGCCUGUCGCCCUCGGAGAUGAAGGGUCAGGUGUUCUGCUACAGCUCCAGAAAUGUCUCCAAGAGGAGCUGUUGCUUUACUGACUUCUGCAACAAUGAGACCCUGCACCUGCACCGAGAGAGGCCUUCAAAGGAGCCAGGCUGGAGCAGGCUGCAGCUCACUGUGGUGAUCCUGGUGCCCUUCUGCUUGCUGUGUGUGGGAAUCCUGCUAGGCGUGUGCAUCGUGCAGGGACACCAUUGUGCCUGGAAGCAAGACCCCGAGGAGCCCCCGGAUGAUCAGAUGCUCAUGUCUCCUGAUAAAUGUCUCAAAGAUCUAAUAUAUGACAUGAGCACCUCUGGUUCAGGGUCAGGGCUACCGCUGCUGGUCCAGAGAACCAUAGCUAGGACCAUCGUCCUGCAGGAGACCAUUGGAAAAGGUCGCUUUGGUGAGGUCUGGCGUGGCAAGUGGCGGGGGGAGGAUGUAGCUGUGAAAAUCUUCUCCUCCCGGGAUGAGAGGUCCUGGUUCCGGGAAGCAGAGAUUUAUCAGACUAUCAUGCUCAGGCAUGAAAAUAUUCUGGGCUUCAUUGCUGCUGAUAAUAAAGAUAAUGGCUCAUGGACCCAGCUCUGGUUGGUGUCAGAGUACCAUGAGCACGGCUCCCUGUAUGAUUACCUGAACAGGUAUACAGUCUCCAUGGAGGGCAUGGUCGUUCUGGCUUUGUCUGUAGCCAGUGGGCUGGCUCACCUUCACAUGGAAAUCAUUGGCACACAAGGGAAGCCCGCAAUCGCUCACAGAGACCUGAAGUCUAAAAAUGUCCUUGUGAGGAGGAAUGGGACAGCAGUCAUUGCAGAUUUGGGUUUAGCUGUUAAACACGAUUCCAGCACAAACACCAUAGACAUACCGUCUAAUCACAGAGUGGGAACUAAGAGGUACAUGGCUCCUGAGAUCCUGGAUGAGUCAAUCAAUAUAAACAACUUUGAGUCAUUUAAGAGGGCAGAUAUCUAUUCGCUUGGCCUGGUGUUCUGGGAAUUAGCCAGAAGAUGCUCUGUAAGAGGACUUCAUGAAGACUUUCAACUGCCUUAUUAUGACAUGGUGCCUUCAGAUCCAUCCAUUGAGGACAUGAAGAAGGUUGUGUGUGAUCAGAAACUCAGACCAAACAUUCCCAAUCAGUGGCAGAGCUGUGAGGCUCUGCGUGUGAUUGGAAGACUGAUGAGGGAGUGCUGGUAUGCCAAUUCUGCUGCACGACUAACUGCUCUGCGGGUCAAGAAAACUGUGUCCCAGCUGUCUGCUAUCAAAGAUGUCAAAGACUAGUUUGGCUUGUCGCCUUGCCGAUCAUCACUGGUGCUGGCACUGGUGUAAUGUGAUAAACUUGGAGAAAGCAGGCUCUACUUAUCAGGAGGAUACCACAUCUUGUUUUUGUUGCCAAAUAUUGUAUAAAGUGCGGUGUCUGUUGAAGUUUGUACAAAGACAUCCAGGCAUCUGACCUUUCCUCCAGCUAUGGUUUUUGUGGAAAGAGCCAUGUGACAUAAGUCAUGUAAAAUGUGAUUAUUUUGCUACCUCAGUAUUUGAAGUGCCCAAAGCUUGAAGUUGCACAUUGUUGUGUUAUUGUGCCGUUUUUUUUUUUGCUAUCUCCUGGGUUGUUAGAUUGCUUAGUGACAAUCUCUGGAAAUAUCCUCUCGUUUUGACUUGUGUUUACUGACACGCAUACAGAUUUUCCCUGAAAAUAUGAAUUAUUUUUGCACAGUUAGAAUAUCUCUCUUGUAAAAAUUUUUGCUGAAAUUGCUGUGAAAGGGAACAUAGUUCUACUGUCUAUAUACAACUGAAAGUGAUAACCUUAGUAUAUCUAAACCUUUUCAAAAAAGUAAACAGUGAACUAGAUAAGAGUAUUUAUUACAGGCUGCUAAGGAUGAAAAUCUGAAACUAUUUCAACUUUUUCCACAGGGAAAUUGCUUUUUAAGCAGGGGGAGCUCUGACCAGUCAUACUGGAAUAUGUUUUUAACCCCAAAUAAUGAGUUAGAGUGACCAAAAAGCGGGUUCAAAAUAAUUACCCCCAGCCUGGAUUGGUAAAUUAGUAUUAUUUGGAUUUAAAAAUUUUUAUUUUGAUCUUUGGUUAAAAAAUAUUAUAAAAUAUAAAUAAAGAUAGCCUCAUGAUGUCAGACUACAUAAUUUGCUGAACAAAAUUAAUUUAUAUAUACAAAACAUAGUAUAAAAUGGCCUGUCUAUAUUGACUUUACGAGUAAUUCUUUCGUCAAAAUGUGAGCAGCGUGGACUCUGUGCGGACUCCAUGCGCACUGUUCGCAGACGUUUUAUGUUUCAUAGUCAAGUGUACCAUUUUCCUACAUUUCUGGUGACAAACUCCUACAUUUCCACAACUUUCUACCAUGGUGUCAUUAGGCAGAGAGGAAGAGCUAAUUUGCCUCUUGCUUUGGAAAAACAAAAAGAAAAUAAGGUGGUAUACAAGGCCUUUUGACCAGACUAGGGACGAGAAGGGGAGUACACCUGUCAGUGCAGCACAGAGAGUAGCAGUGACACUGUAUGUUUUCGUGACUGGUUGCUCAGAGCAGUGUGUCACAUACAAAACAGUUCGAUGUGGAGAUUUUUUCUGUCAAAACAUUUAUCGCGGUCGAAAAAAUUUUGCUUUGCGCGGACGUCUGCUUUGUGUCUGCAUUGAGUCCGCCUCAGAGCCCGACUAUGUGGGAACCUUCAGGCCCUGUUUUCUGGUGAAAAUCCAAAAGUUUUGUUGUGUUUCUACUGUUCAUUUACAUGACAACUGCUCACGUAUUCUCUAAAAAUUGCCUAAUUUAAUAACAAAUAUAUAAACAAUAACAAUAGUGGAUUGCAAAGUACUUCCUUGUGCUGCUAACUCUUUCGAAUCUAAAGACGGUUCGCUAACAAAUGCUCAGUUUCUCCCACGCUUUUUAAGCUUUGAUUAUGUUGCCAACUAGUGGCGUGGCGGGGGAAUGACACCAUUUUCACUGUACUAUUGCUAUGUGAAUAGAGAUUGUAAUUAUAAUGUCAUCAUGUAGACUUGUUAACAGAAACAUUUUCAAUGGAUCGUUGUCGUGUAAACAGGGCCGUUGGUCUUCUCCGCAAAUUUCUUUGUAAAAUAGCAUCAGUUCACUCAUUCCAGGAAGAUACCUUUAUCAUGUUUUAUGAGAAAACUACUGCAAACUACUCAAGAAAAAAAAUAGGACACGCCAUUAAAUAGAUUGUCAGAUAAAAUGUUCAGAUUUUGAAGUCUAUCUUUUUUUGUUUCUGGAAAAGAAAAUGAUUGUAUAACAGGUAAAUAUCAAAGACUAACAUUGUUUUACUCAUUAUGCGAAUAAUAUCACUAAACAUAUAUAUGUUAUGGCACCCUACACCCUUAUAGUUAGUUUCAGUGUUGUUGACUAAUACAACGUCAGUAAGGGACUUCUUAAAAAAAAGAGACUUAAAAAGAGAGAUCAUCCCACCACAUCUCAGGAGGUCAAGGUCUGGCUUUAUGACUAGACCCAGGACUGUCCUGUUUUUAUUUCUGUGCCAACCCCUAGCUGGAUUUACUGGUAUGCUUUGGGUUAUUGUCAUAUUGCAGGUUCCAGUUCUGCUUCAGCUUUCAUUUUUUUCCUUUCUUGAUAUAUCGGCUCUUAUUUUCCUAAGGCACCCUCUUAAAGAGAGUAGAAUUCAUCAGAAUCAGAAUCAGCUUUAUUGCCAAGUUCGUACAUACAAACAAGGAAUUUGCCUCCGGUACACUUUGCUCUUUUGUUCUGUUUUUGCAUUACAGAAUAUACAAAUUUACUAUUUACAAUGUACAAUAUACACAUAUCUAAUAAAAAAGGUGCAUUUGCAACAUCUGUAUGCUGUUGUGGGGGAUAUUAUGAUGAGCUGGCCUGAUACCACAAACCAUCCUCAAACCAUGACAUUUCCAGCUAUUUGGUUCAUAACUGGUAGGCUGUAUUUGUUUAUGCCAAACAUGUCUUACAUACUGGUUUCCAAAUGAUAAAAGUUUAGCCUCAUCUGUCCAAAGAACAUUAUUCCUAAACCUCUAGUCUUUGUCUAUGUUCUCUCAGGCAAACUUUAGUCUGGGUUUCAUGUUUUUCCUAGAGCAAAAGUUUCGUUUUUGCAUUUCUCCCAUGAAAGUUAAACUUUUGCUGUCUCUUUCUGAUUGUAGAGGCAUGCAUGUUCCUAUCACCAAUAGCAAGAGCCUGCUGUAUGUCCCACGAUGACAUUUUAGGUUUUUUAGAGACUUCUUUUAGCAUCUUGCAGCCUGCUCUCCAGAUUAACUUGCUUGGGUGGCCAGAUAUGGGCAUGUGGCAUUUGUGAAAUAUCCUCCGCUUGAACACUAUUUUUUAUUUCAAGUUUAUUUGAGACUUUUUAAAUCUCUUAAUGGGCCCAUAAUACCUCAGACAGCUCUUAUGACCUUACCCUUCACAUUUAACUCCAAUAGUCAAGGCUACACCAAGCUAAAUGUUGGAGGGUUAAAUAGGGCAAAUGUCCUUCAAAAUGCUGAGUAACAUAUUCCAGUGCAAUUAAUGUGUAAUUUUAGUCAUUUUUUAUUCCUUUCACAAAAAAGGUUCUUAAAAAGUCUUUCUUUCAGUUUAUACUAUUUAUUUUAAUUAUUUUAUUUUCUAUUGUCAUUAAAUAACCUGUCCCAAUUUGUUAGAAAAACGCAAACUAUAGGGUGUCCUAAUUUUUUCCCACGCAAUUUUGUUUUUGCAUUAAUAGUUGCCACAUGGCCUAAAUGGGUCCUGGUAAUUUUAUGACCUAUGAGCUUAUGAUUCCAAUUAUAUAUCCAUUUUUAACAUUCGGUAAGUGCUCUAAAAGUCCUAAAAUUAGGGCCGUUAUUAUGCAUGUUUCAACAAUGAACUUUGAGUUCCUGCAUCUUCUCAGUAUUUCGAGGAUUCAGUUUUCUGGAAAAGGGGAAAAUUACAAUAAUUUAGAUAUUUUUAUAUGAAUUUAUAACAAGGUCAGGCAAAUAAAAAUAGUAUACAUUAAUAGUGGUAUGUAUUCUUAAUAGUGGAUGCACAUUAGGAUCAUUAAUGUCGCCUAUAUAGCCUUACAAGCUGAGAGGGAGAAGUUACAAGGAUCUGUUCAUCGUUGUACUUGUAUGAAACAGUCAGUGUGCAAGAGUGCCUGUUUGAGCAUGUGAUUGUUAAUAUGUUUGUAUUGUAUCAUGAGACCAAUACUGAAAUAUUUGUAAAAUUAUAAAAUUGCACCAUGGGGAAAAAUCUGUUACUUUUUGUUCAUUUCUCAGCCUAGGCCAUGUUUGUCUUUUCAGUCGCAGUCGACAUAUGUUCACAAACAGCAGGGAAAGUAUUGAAUGUAUUGAUGUUUGACAUGAAAUUUACAUCAGAUGUUAGUAGCAACCCAAGUAAUCCGUGAAGGCAAAGAAAUCAACACAUCUAAGUCCAUAAAAGAUGUGUAAUAAAGUGAAAAGUCCUUUUUUGAAAACAUCUUCUGAAUGGAGAAAUAGUAUUGUUUGUUGCUCAGACUUGAUGGUGGGCUAUUCUUAAGCACAAACUGUCCUAAAAUCUUGAAGGUUUUGGGAACCUUUGCCAUGCACCUUUUUCACAGAUUUUCAGUUACAUUCAAGUCUUCUGUUUCUGCCAGGGUUGCGGCUUUAUUGUCUUUUACUUAAAGCAACUGAGAGUUUGCUUGGCUGUGUGUUUAUGACCAUUAUCUUGCUGAAAAAUCUGCCCUAGUUUUACUAUCAGAUUCCUUUCAAGAAUGUGUCAGUAAAGGUUUUUUCUGCUUGUCCUUCCUUCAGAUAUUAACAGUCUGCCAGUCUUCACUGCAUUACUUAUCAUUUUCACAGGGAGAAAAUAACAUUUCUACUAAUUCUAGGCCUUUCUGAGGCUUUCUCUGAGCGAUUCCUGGCUCUUGGACAACUUUUCUGAUUAUUUUUUUCAAGUCGACUGUCAUAAAUAUUUCAAGGAGCACCAGGUCAAUGGUGCUCACUGGAAUCAGACGUUUAGAAAUACGCCUGUGACCAAUGCUGUCAGUAUGUUUUCUAAUAAUAAUGUAGCAAAGAUCUUGCUGAAGUCCUGGCUCAUGACACCCUUCUUGUGUGAUACCUUCAAAUGAAAAACUUCUCUAUAGGUCAUGAGUUGGGACUCAACAAGUUGACAUUAAUUGACUUUGAUAGGGGGUCACAUAGCUUUCUAAAUACUGACGAUCUUCAGCUAUUCCCUUGACUUAUAUUGUGCUUUCUUCUUUAUAUUUUCAGUACUUAUUCCCUGAUUUAUUCCACUUUAUGACACAUAAAUAAUUUAUGGACCUACUUGUUUUUCUAAUUGUAUGUAUGGAUUACUGGGUGGUUUCCAACACAUAGGGUGAAUUGCAAACAACCUCAAAACGUAUCGGUAUCUUGGAAAAUAUCAAUUUAGCAUCUUUAAUGUUCUCAAUAUAGUUCAGUUUAGCCAUGUAAUUAUUUAACUUUUUUGAAAAUAUUAGAAAGAGAACAUAUUGACACACUUUGUCCAGGCAGAUUAAAAAUUUCACCAUUAUGUGCUUGCAUUUUGGUUUAAUUUCACUCCAAGUUGUAUCAAUGUUAAGCCAGUUUUACCUAUUGUGUCAUAUAUCAGGAAAAAAAAGGUGACAGCAAAGCAUAUGAUGUAUGUAUUAUUCCAGAGUGGAGUGAUCAGCAUGUGCAUUUUCUGAUUGGUGUCUUUACUCUGUGUAACUUACAAGUACCUCCACUCAUUUAAAUUCAAAGGCUUCAUUCAUGUUAAUCUGUUGUUGCUCAGAUGUAAAUUUUGUACCACUUUAUUUGAUCUUUUUUCCCCCAGCACUAUUUAUUCUGUAUAAAACGACAAUAUAAUGUGUAAAUAAAAACAGUUGUUCA